AUGGGACAAGUGACUGUCAGGGCGAAAUAUGGGAACCAGAGUGGUGAUUUACCCCUAGUGAUAGUGAAAGGUGACCGACCAGCUCUCCUUGGCCGUAACUGGCUCACAAACUUCAAGUUAGACUGGGCAAGCAUAUUCUCAGUUAUACCAGCAGGGGGUUGUAAUAACGCAGAUGUAGAGGCAGUGUUGCAGAGACAUAAAGCAGUGUUUUCGGAGGAGCCUGGCACUAUUCGUGAGUUUAAGGCCAGCAUCACAGUAAAGCCAGAUACCAAACUGGUCUUCAGGAAGGCCAGACCAGUGCCAUAUGCACUAAAAGACGCAGUCGAGAAAGAGUUAAACAGGUUAGAAAAAGCAGGUAUUAUCUCAAAGAUUGAACAUAGCCAGUGGGCUGCCCCAAUAGUAGUGGUACCCAAAUCAGACAAGUCGAUUCGUAUCUGUGGUGACUAUAAGGUCACAGUAAAUCAAAGUGUCGAGGAGGAGAGCUAUCCACUACCGAACGCCGAAGAUCUCUUUGCCACAUUGGCCGGGGGCACUCUCUUUAGCAAAUUAGACCUGUCACAUGCCUACCAACAGCUUGAGUUAGAGAAGGACUCCGAGAAGUAUUUGACAAUAAAUACUCACAAAGGACUGUAUGUCUAUCAUAGACUUUCAUAUGGGGUGUGCAGUGCGCCUUCUAUGUUUCAGAAUGUGAUGGACCAGAUCUUACAAGGCUUAGAGCAUGUGACCUGCUUCUUAGAUGACAUACUGGUCACGGGCAGAACAAGAGCUGAGCACCUGAGGAACCUAGAGGAGGUACUAAGCCGGCUGGAGAGCUUCGGGGUGAGAGUAAAAAGAGCAAAAUGCGACUUCAUGCAGGAGAAGGUAGAGUACCUGGGGCAUCUGAUAGAUAAAGAGGGACUGCACCCCACUGAGACAAAGGUGGCCGCCAUAGUAAAUGCACCCCAGCCUACAAAUGUCACAGAGCUACGGUCAUUUUUAGGACUGUUGAACUAUUAUGGCCGUUUCAUGAAAGACCUGUCGACUGUACUGCAACCGCUACACCAACUUCUAAAGAACGAAGUCGACUGGAAAUGGACACCUGAGUGCGCAGCAGCAUUCAAAAAUGCAAGAGAACAGCUAGUGAAGAGCUCAGUAGUAGUUCACUAUGACACCAAGAAAACCCUGAGAUUAGCUUGUGACGCAUCCCCUUAUGGGAUUGGUGCGGUCAUGUCACACAUAAUGGAAAACGGGGACGAGAAACCCAUCGCCUUUGCAUCGCGCACGCUGACAGGGGCAGAAAGUAACUAUAGUCAGAUAGAGAAGGAGGCUUUGGCCAUAAUAUUUGGCGUGACCAAAUUUCAUAAGUACUUGUAUGGCCGCAAGUUCAGUUUAGUAACUGACCAUAAACCCCUCCUUGCCAUCUUAGGACCCAAGUCUGAAAUCCCCACACUAGCCGCUUUGCGAAUGCAGCGAUGGGCCCUGAGACUGAUGGCUUAUGACUACAGUAUAGAGUACAGGACGUCAGCGGAAAAUGCAAACGCAGAUGCAUUAUCUAGACUGCCAGGGAAGGAAAAGGAUAAUACAGCAGAGGAGAGUAGUAUCUUUUAUUUCUCAUUAGUAGAUGAGCUCCCCGUGCAGGCUACAGAGAUUGCACAGAGCACUCUAAAGGACCCAGUCCUAUGCAAGGUACUGGAGCUGACUCGGUCCGGUUGGCCAAGUUCCAUCAAGGAUGAGACACUGAAACCAUACUUCACCCGAAGGAAUGAACUGUCUGUGGAACAAGGAUGCAUUCUGUGGGGAAUUCGAGUGAUCAUCCCGCCAGCACACCGAGAACGACUACUGCAUGACCUACACCAAGGGCACCCUGGAGGGUGCAAGAUGAAGAACUUAGCCAGGAGCUACUUGUGGUGGCCCCAGCUAGACAGUGAGAUAGAACAUGCAGUACAGCAAUGUGAUGCUUGUCAGAGUGUGAGGAAACUACCAGCAGCAGCACCACUACACUGUUGGCAGUGGCCUGCUAGGGUGUGGCAGAGGCUACAUAUUGACUUUGCAGAGAAGGAUCAGCACCACUUCCUAGUGUUAGUGGACACUCAUUCGAAAUGGCUUGAGGUAAUUCCCAUGGCAACAUCCACAGCCGCAAAAACGAUUGAGGUGCUGCGGAACAUCUUUUCUGCCUACGGUCUCCCCGAGGAGAUUGUUUCCGACAACGGUCCGCAAUUUACCUCGCAGGAGUACAAAACAUUCCUGCAAAGCAACGGCAUAAAGCAGACCUUGGUACCAGCAUACCAUCCCGCUUCUAAUGGAGCCGCAGAGCGAGCAGUCCAGACAGUGAAAGCAUCACUGCUGAAACAAGUGCUCGAUGAGAAGAAACAUAAUGUCACUAUAACAAUGCAGCACCGGCUAGCCAACUUCCUGUUGGCCUACAGGAGUACACCACACAGCGUUACUGGUUGUGCACCAGCUGAACUGUUCCUCAAACGUCAGAUCAGGACCAGGUUCAGCUUACUGAAACCAGAUCUUGCUAGAGUGGUGGAAGCCAAACAACAAAAACAGAAAGACUACCAUGAUCAAACUGCCUCCAAGCUGAGACAUCUGUCUGAGGGUGAUUCAGUUCUGAUCCGAAAUUUCCGUGGAGGAAAGGAGAGGUGGACGAAAGGAACAGUGGAAAAACGACUCGGACCAGUGACCUACCUGGUGUGGAAUGGAGUGAACCGACGCUCAGUCCACAUCGACCAUCUGCUGUACAACCGACCGUCCAGUCCAGAGACAUUUGAGGUUCAGGAUGAGCAGAUGGACGUCACCAACAACUACCCUGCAGUGGUUCAUGCGGACUUAGGGGGGAAAGGCACACCUGGAGCAGUAGGUGGUAGCCCGUACUCACCUGAAGCUACACCGUUGACACAAAUGCAGGCUAAGGCGUUUGCAACACCCUUACCAGGCUCAGUGGCCUGUGACAAGGCAGUGACACCUGCCGACCGAGCAGCCAUUUCCCCUGAGGUGUUUGGGCACAGGUACCCUUCGAGAGAGAGGGCGCCUCCUAAACGACUGACUUUGUGA